AGAGCGCACGCGUGAAGACGGGAGGCAGAAUAUUUUGCGCAGACUGUGUACUGUACAUGGCCAUUGAUGCUGCGAGAUGGAUGUAGCCCCCCUGGUGUAAAUAAGAAUGGCGAGGCCAGCGGGUGUACAAUGCAGCGCUUGACAUCGGUGCGUUACAUGGGAUUAUUUGUACAAUCGUCCUUUUGCCGUUUUCAUCGGAAUCUGCCAGCUUGACAGCCAGCUCCUGAUGGCUCGCAUUUGACACACGAAAAGGGAGGCAUAAGCAGACGAGGCGGCUUCUUCUGAUAAACACUCGGGAAAAACAGGUCAUUAUGACCUUAGUAUCCGCCGUCAAAAGAAAACCAUCGGAUGGCGUCUACGCGGCAGCUCUCUGCUUGCACCUUUUGCUUUGGGUUUCGUGUGCCGUGUCCGAGGAGGAGCAUCAUCAUCACUUCAACGCUGAGGAAUGGCUACAAAGGUAUGGGUACCUUGUCAACUCACAGCCGGGAAUGUCCACGCUGCGCUCAGUCCAGUCCAUGCACUCUGCUAUAGCAACAAUGCAGCGAGUAUAUGGCCUCAAUGUCACCGGGAACCUGGAUGACAGAACCAAGGACUGGAUGCAGAAGCCAAGGUGUGGCGUCCCAGACAAAGGUACCUCCCGGUCGCGGCGGCGGAGGUAUGCUCUAACGGGACAGAAGUGGCAGCGCACGCACAUUACUUACAGUAUAAAAAAUGUCACGCCGAAGGUGGGAGCCCGUGAGACGCAUGACGCUAUCCGACGGGCGUUUGACGUGUGGCAGGGAGUGACACCUCUGCGAUUCGAGGCCGUCCCAUACAGUGCCCUGGAGACAAGCCGGAGGGAGGUGGACAUCACCAUCAUCUUUGCCUCUGGUUUCCACGGUGACAGCUCCCCCUUCGACGGAGAGGGAGGCUUCCUGGCUCACGCAUACUUCCCCGGACCUGGCAUCGGAGGCGACACGCAUUUCGACUCAGAUGAACCCUGGACCCUCGGGAAUCCCAACCACGACGGUAAUGACUUGUUCUUGGUGGCGGUUCAUGAGUUGGGACACGCCCUCGGUCUGGAGCACUCCAACGACCCCACUGCCAUCAUGGCCCCCUUCUACCAGUACAUGGACACCGAGAACUUCAAACUACCUCACGAUGACCUGCAGGGCAUACAGAAGAUAUAUGGUCCACCGGACAGAGCGCCACAGCCCACCAGGCCUCCGCCCACUGUACCGCCUCCUCGCUUCCAUCCGCCCUCUGACCCUCGCAAGCACGAUCGCCACUCGUCCCGCCCACACAGACCUCCACAGGGAGCCAAACCCUCCAACCCCAACUCCAAACCCAACAUCUGUGAUGGAGGCUUCAACACACUCGCCAUCCUGCGCCAAGAGCUCUUUGUGUUCAAGGACCAAUGGUUCUGGAGAGUGCGGGACAACUCUGUGGUACCUGGAUAUCCCAUGCAGAUAAACUACUUCUGGAAAGGCCUGCCUCCGAAAAUCGAUGCCGUUUAUGAAAACAGUGAAGGGAAAUUUGUCUUCUUCAAAGGAAACCGUUUCUGGGUGUUUAAGGACACGACACUGCAGCCCUCGUAUCCUAAGGACAUCUCACUGUUUGGGAGUGGCAUGCCCGCCCAGAACAUCGAGACAGCUGUCUGGUGGGAGGACGCGGCCAAAACCUACUUCUUCAAAGGCGACAGAUACUGGAGGUACAAUGAGGAAAUGAGGACAAUGGACCCGGGUUACCCAAAACCCAUCACCAUCUGGAAGGGCAUCCCGGACUCUCCACAGGGAGCUUUUGUGGACAAGGCCAAUGGCUUCACCUAUUUUUACAAAGGUAAAGAGUACUGGAAGUUCAACAACCUUCUUCUACGUGUUGAGCCCGGAUAUCCCCGUUCUAUUCUGAGGGACUUCAUGGGCUGUGACGGUCUCCCAGCAGACCCCGAUUGGGACUGGAGCCCCCCAGUGGCUGAAGAGCGUCAUUACGACAACGGAGACGCAGACGUGGUCAUUAAACUGGACAGCACGGGAGGCACAGAGAAGGCAGUGGCCAUAGCAAUCCCCUGUGUCCUGGCACUUUGCAUGAUGGUCCUCCUCUACACAGUGUUUCAGUUCAGGAGGAAGAGCACGCAGCGCCACAUACUGUACUGCAAGCGCUCCAUGCAGGAGUGGGUCUGAAGGACUAACCCCAUGGAGACGGGUGUAAAAUGCUGAUAAAAGGCGAGUUAUUGCUCUAAGCCUUGGUAAUGACAGUAGUCCAUAAGAGUUGCAGUGUGGGCAGAUUUAGCCCAAACUCAUAAUAUGUAAGAAGCAGCAGAACUCAAGUGAAGACAGCAAUGGAGCUGUGUCUCCUGUGUCCUACAACUUAUAAAUAUGUAUCUGCUUUGACUUGUCUCUCAAAUGGACUUGAAAAAGAGACAUUGUUGAGUGGGACUUUUGUCUGUCCUCGUCUCUGCACGCCACUUAACAAGCCACUAGCGCAAGCCAGUGGACAAUUAGACAUAGGGUACUACAUUCAUCUUCUAAGCGCCCUAACAUGUGUUUGUUUAUUUGGAGUCCAUGUACAAAAUGAUUCAUUGUAUGGAAGGCUAAAACACAAACCAAAUAGACUUUUCUUCCAAAGAGGAUUAACACCCAACAUUACUUCAGUGAUUUCUCUCUAAUGUUGGCUGUAAGAUGGUGGCGUCAAGGUUUUCUUUGCCAUUUCUAUUCAUAUCUUCCCAUCUGCUGUGUAAUUAGCAAGAUAGGAAACAGUUUUAGCGCAGCCUAUGAACCGAUGACUGUUGUGGCAGGGUAUCUCUGAACAGGGGCCAACAAACCUCUUUGCAAUACAUGAGACCGCCUUAAUCACAGGUCGCUUCCUGAAGGCUCUGUGGGAGUUCACCACAAGGAUUUACCAUCUUCACUCCGACUGUUUACUUUUGUUAAUGCAGAGGAAGUGGGAAUUGUAAAAUUCCACAACAACCUGUACAGUACAUCGACACAGGCCAUCUGAGUAACAGAUCAACACUUUAUGUUGCUAGUCUCCUUAUUGGUCUGCAAUGCGCAGUGUAUAUGAAGAUGGAUAUAGUCUGAAUAAUUCUCAAUAUAGAUGCCACCUAGUGGUAGGGUUUAGGAUGGCCCAUUGCUGCUGUUACAGUAAAUAGAACUGUUAAACAUGAUUAUACAUAACAAUUCCCUCAUAUGAAUUCAUAAUUGAUGUAAUUUCAUCAAAUCUGUAUAAUAACCAUUGAAUGAAGAUGCAAAGCACAACUAAUGUUCAAGUUUAUUAUUAUUUUAUUUGACAGUUGAAAUAACAGAAUACUAUGAGUAUUGAUAGGUGGGCUCUGAUGGACACUGCUGUCCUUAACACUUUGUCUUAUUAUAGCCUUCUAUGAAGUAAAUAUUAACUAGAAGAAUAUAUUCACACUGCAGGAUUUGAUUUGUGUGACAAACAUUAGUAUCAGAGCAAUAAUGUUUUCAGUGAAUCCAACAGUUACAUGUUGUCAUGAUUUGAAUACAUGACCCAUUUAAGAGCUCUGUCCCAGCUCUAAAUUUAGCAUGUGCUUCCUGAUUAACAACCUGUUCCCAGCCAAACCAAUAACAACAAACACUUUGUCCAUCUUUAUAUACAGACCAAUGUCCAACUGUGUUACUCAAUAAAGUUUAGAUUUUAAGAACAUUUUGUACUUUGUACGGUUACAACAUAACAAGACGGACAUUAACUGCGUUGUGGUCAUACAAUGUAAUAGAGACACAAACAUUUCAACUUCUUACCACUGUAUAUCAGAGCUACUGUAUAUCUAAUAUGCAACACAAUUACUCACUGAAAAAGGGAACUGUGCUACAAUCUCUGUCUAUGUCAAAUCAAAUAUAUCAAUUUACUUACGCUCUACUAAAAUGACUAAUACUUCUAAUUAAAACUUAACUAACAUCAACAGUAAUCGAAAACACAUUUUCUGAAUAAGAAAUACUCUACACAAAUAAUUCCUCUACUAUACUAAUUGAUUACAUUUACAUAUAAAUGUAAUAAAAAUGGAUCAAUGUUAAAACUUCAUAUCUGGUCCUGUAAUGGCCUUUUGUAGCUGAAAAGUGGUAUUAUAUUUCUGUUAAUGGAGACUAAGUUUGUAAAUAUUGGUGCUUUUUGCUUUUGUUAUUUGUUUACUUGAAAGAUUCUAAAGCAUCAGUGAUUAUUACCUUUUUGGCACUUUAUCAUCCAAUUUCUUUUUAUCUUACCAUAAUUAUCUUCCAUUUAAAGCAACGUUAUUUCGUCAUCAAGUCCAUACAUAUCAUGAAAUUCCUUGUAGAGCUUAGCAUGGCCAGUCAUAUAUAUUAAUUGUGCAUCAAAGUGAGUUGGGGAUUUUCAUUCAGAACAAUUGCAAAUAUCAUCCAACUAAUUGUAACAGCCAAUCUUAUGUCAUGCCUCAUUUCUAAUUUGCUGUUUGUCAGUUUGAAUUCAAGCUCAAUAUUGUUUUAUAUAUUGUGAAACAUUAGUAUGGCUGGCCAGGCUUGGUCAAUCUCUACACUGUUAUGGCUGCUAUAGGGAAAACCUCAGUGGCUUGUGUGUUGCUUCUGAUUUUGUACGUUGUUGUUCAAAUUUGUGGUCUUUGGAAAGGGUUAACUGCUGUAUCAUUGUGAGGGUGUGAGGCUGUAGAAAUUCAAGUUUUAUUUAAGAGUAUCUGAUUUCGUAUCAUUAAAUUAAGACAGCCAUUCAUAGUAGAAACAUGUCACUUGAAACACUGGCUUCUCUGACGGGUUCAUUUUUGGCCAUUUCUUCGUCUGCGCUGCUAAGCAUUAGGGCUAAUUUGGAGUGUCAUUAAAAAGAGUACAUGUGGUUGAUUAGACAGCGAUUGAAAAUGUCAAGAGUGUGUGUGGGAUAAGAGCAUUUGUCAAGAUCUUAGGUGUAAUAGAUUGAAAAAGUACAAGAUUUGUACUUAUAAAUGCUGUAUAUGAAGUAUUGCAUAUGUACAUACAGAGUGAAUACAGUUUGCUUGGGUUGUUUUUCAUUUUAAAAACAUGGAAAUUUGCUGUGUGUUGUAAAUAAACCAAGUGCAUAAUGACAAA